AUCGCCUUCUCUCUUCUUUACUCGACCUCGAAGCUAAUUAUUAAGAAUCUGAAGAUCUCUCUCUUCUCUCUCUCGCGAUCGUGGAGGAUCAGAGUAGUAGCGAGUAAUCAUCAUGUUCAUGAUAGAUUGGUUCUACGGCGUUCUCGCUUCGCUAGGCUUAUGGCAGAAAGAGGCUAAGAUCUUGUUCCUCGGGCUCGACAACGCCGGCAAAACGACCUUGCUUCACAUGCUCAAGGACGAGAGAUUGGUGCAGCACCAGCCGACGCAGCAUCCGACGUCUGAAGAACUUAGCAUUGGUAAAAUCAAGUUCAAGGCGUUUGAUUUGGGUGGGCAUCAGAUUGCUCGCAGGGUCUGGAAGGAUUAUUACGCUAAGGUGGAUGCCGUAGUGUACCUAGUGGAUGCUUACGACAAGGAGAGAUUCGCAGAAUCAAAAAAAGAACUGGACGCACUUCUCUCAGACGAGUCUCUAGCCACCGUCCCUUUCCUCAUCCUAGGAAACAAGAUAGACAUACCGUACGCAGCAUCAGAGGACGAGCUCCGUUACCAUCUCGGCCUCUCCAACUUCACCACGGGAAAGGGCAAAGUGAACCUAGUGGAUUCCAACGUAAGACCACUGGAGGUUUUCAUGUGCAGCAUCGUCAGGAAGAUGGGUUAUGGCGAAGGCUUCAAAUGGCUCUCUCAGUACAUCAAGUAACCAAGACUCCUCUCCAACACAUGGCGUUAUUAUUGUUAAAAAUCAAGAGUAAGCUUUCUAUAAAUCCCGUUUUGUAUUUUGUCUUGCGUUUUCUUUUCUUUUUGCAUGUGUUGUAAGAAAUGUGGUUUCGUGUGUCUGUCUUUGUUUCUUGUAGUGACUUUAAAUUUUAAAUCAUAUUAUUUUAAA